GAUGCGAUUUUGAAAAAGUAAAAAAGUUCUGGAUGGUCUUGAUUACAUUGAAUAUUUACACAGAACCAUAACAACCUUUGAUUUUGAGUCAAAGUCUCUUUCUACUUCAUUUAUCGACUUUUUGUUUCUCUCCCAUAAUCCUUCAUAUAUCUUAAAAUGGCAGCUGAAGCCCCCGCAUCAAACGGCACUGCUGGCGAGAGAAAUGCCAUUGGUAUCUCUUUUGGAAACUCCAACAGCUCAAUCGCCUACACCACCGUUGAGGAUAAAGCCGAAGUCAUUGCCAAUGAGGAUGGAGAUCGUCAAAUCCCUACCAUUUUGUCCUAUAUCCACGGAGACGAAUAUUAUGGUCAACAGGCCAAGCAACAACUUAUUAGAAACAGCACAAACACUGUUGCUUAUUUCAAAGAUUUCCUUGGACAAGACUUCAAGUCGAUAGAUCCUACACACAGCCAUGCUUCUGCACACCCUUUGGACCACGAGGGCACGAUCGCAUUCAAAAUUCAAGAUAAGGAGGAGGGUGAACCAUCGACCGUUUCUGUCUCUGAAGUAGCAACUCGAGUUAUCCGUCGUCUCGCACAGUCCGCAUCAGAUUACACUGGAAAGCAAAUUAACUCGGCUGUCAUCACAGUCCCAACAAAUUUCUCCGAGAACCAAAAGGCAGCCUUGACAAAGGCAGCAAACGAUGCAGGCGUUGAGGUUUUACAACUCAUUAAUGAGCCUGUUGCUGCUCUGUUGGCAUACGACGCAAGACCAGAGGCCAAGGUUGCGGAUAAGAAUGUUAUUGUUGCAGACCUCGGAGGAACUCGCUCAGAUGUCGCAGUUAUCGCAUCAAGAGGUGGCAUGUACACCAUUUUGGCCACUGCACACGAUUACGAAUUCGCCGGUGUUCACUUGGACCAGGUUCUCAUGGAUCACUUUUCCAAAGAAUUCAUCAAGUGGAACUCUAUCGACCCCCGUGAAAACCAACGCAGUUUCGCAAAACUCAAGGCAGAAGCCGAAGCUACCAAGAAAGCACUCAGUAUCGGACAAAACUCCAACUUCAGUGUUGAGAGCUUGGCAGAGGGUAUUGAUUUCUCUUCUACCAUUAACAGACUUAGAUAUGAGACUAUCGGACGCAAGGUCUUUGAAGGAUUCAACAGAUUGAUUGAGGGUGUUGUUAAGAAGGCUGGAUUGGAUGCUUUGGAAAUUGACGAGGUCAUCCUUUCUGGUGGUACAUCGCACACCCCAAAAAUCGCAUCCAACGUCCAAUACAUCUACCCAAAUGCUACAGUUCUUGCUCCAUCCACCAGCCCUACCGCAAUCAACCCCUCCGAAUUGCAAGCCCGUGGAGCUGCUCUUCAAGCAUCUCUCAUUCAAGAAUUCGAUGCUCAAGAUAUUGAGCAAUCUACUCACGCUGCCGUCACUACUGUUCAGCACCUUACAAACGCCAUUGGAGUUCUUUCCAUCUCCGGAGAGACUGACAAGGGUGUUUUCACACCAAUUGUUGCUGCCGAAACUGCUGUCCCAGCCCGCCGAACUGUCGAAAUUGCCGCUCCUAAAGAAGGUGGUGAUGUUUUAGUCAAGAUUGUCGAGGGUGGAUCUCACAUCAAGGUCACUAAGCCAGAGCCAAAACCUAAGACAACUGAGGCCAAGGUUGAGGAUGCAAACUCUGAUGAUUCUGAGGAUGAUGAUAGCGAAGAGGAAGAAGAAGAGCAACGUGAGAAAAUCUGGAAGGUCGGAAAUGUUCUUGCAGAAGCCGCAGUUAGAGGUGUUAAGAAGGGUAGCAAGAUCGAAGUCAUGAUCAACAUUAGCAAGGAUUUGUCAGUCACUGUUACUGCACGCGAAGUCGGAGAGAAGGGAGGUGUUAGAGGAAACCUCGCAGCCCCUUCAAACUAAUUCCCCUAAAAGUUUUUAUGAUGUCAAGAUGUUAGAUCCUUUAUAAAACUAUAGAAGUAUGCGUUUUUCUGCCUCUUGAGAAUGAUAGACAAAAUCAAUGACAAAAGUUUUAAAUCUUGGGCUCUCGCCGCUGGGAAUGCUGCUCACAAUAUUUCUCACCAUCGCGAACAAAUUGAGUACAAGGCUCUGACGCAUGCACUUGGCACAUUACCUGCUUCCAGGUCUGAUGUCGGUUCUGAGAGUCACAUGUAACAAGACUAGUACGAACGAUCCUAAAAUUAAAAAGCAAAUCGAAGCAAACACAUCUAUGGAUAUAUCAAUUUUGGCCCAUGAGAUCCGUGUCAAGAACACCGAUCAGUGAUAGGAUAUUGAAGGUGCCACAGAAAGCCUCCUGACCUCUAUACUAUCUACUAAAGGGAUGUAGGUCAGUAGUGCAGCUAUAUUUAUGACUAUUUGGUUCUUACGGAAUCUGGUCAUGUUGGGGAGUAUAGAAAAUUCGUCUUCUAUCCGGACUAUUAACGGAGGACAUCAGUAGAAAUGUUGAUCUUACCCUUUCAAAUGCAUAAUGAAAUUCCUUCGUUUUGGAAGAGAAGACGGGGGUUUGGGGUUGUUGAAAGCAUGAGUUUGAUUCGUUGUCCGGUGUUGCUCAACCUUAGGUAUGAUGCGCAAAUUUUUGAGCUAUUCGAUGUCCACUUAUCUAUUGACUUAUUCUGGUUUUGUUCGUGUCUUUAUGGAGUUGAAUCUUUACCUUGCUGUCA